UAAUCAGCCAUCAGUAUCUCAAUCAAGAAAGUCUUUAUUGGUGCACUUCUAGUAGUUUGAUUUCUGGAGGCAUACCUAAUGGUUUCCAGCUCACUGCAGUGAGCCAAGCCAUUCUAUGAAUUCUUUCCCAGUGAAUUUUGAGAUAACUUGUCCAUCCCUACAAGGCACUGAGAGAGGAUUCUAGGAAGGCUUUUGAAGAGUAGCAACAUCCCCUAAAUUAUCACUCCAGAGUAGAGACCUUCCAAAUGCAUGAUUUCACAGAUUUCAUGGAAAUCGUGUAAUUGGCAGUCUCCCAUGAAAUAGCCGGUUCCCCAUGAAAAAGCGCAAGGAACUGGUUAUGUUCAAAGAGCUGGCAAAAAGCGAUCUCCUAGAAGGGUGAGGGAAGGUGGAAGGGAGCAAAGAGAGAGGGAAAAAAAAAGACUGCCUGGCUCCUGAAAUGCGGGGUGAGGGGGAAGUGGCGGGAAAAGUUCCCAUCUCUCUUGCUCCAGAAGUGGAUGGGGGAACAGGGAAAAGCCUGCUAGAAGUCCCCUUCUGAAGGGAGAGGCGGGGGUGGAAUAACAGUCAGAGCCGAACAGAUCAGAAGCUGAACCCCUGACAUCAGCUCAGGCCAGGAGCCAGUCCGGGGUCAACCUGGGAAGCCCAGAGGGCUUUAAAAAUGCUUGCAGGCACACUGCUGCAGCGUGCCUGCUUGGUUGUGCCUGACAAAGAGCAGGAAUAGGAAAGGCAGCAUCGAUUGCACCUGGAGUCAGAGGCACACACGGAAAGGAAAGCUGCUGCAGAGGCAGACCGUCAAAAGAAGCAAGCAACCAUGUCCUCCCUCUUUGGGAAGAUGACAGACAGCAGGCUGGCAAGGCAAGAGGCAGCAUUUUCCCUUGUAGAAGCUUUUGCAAUAGCGAACAUCCCGCUGAAGAAGCUGGAUCACCCGAAGCUGAGGGAGGGGCUACCUGAAACAAAACAUAUCAAAUGCUGGCAGUUUUCCAUGUACUAACAAGCUGCACCAGAACUAUCUCCCUGCAGUCAUCACUUCACACAUCGAGUCCACAAAGACUGCCCUGUCAGAGUAUUGAGUCCUUUUCUGUUAUGGAUGAUGAAGCUACUGACCCUCAGGACAACUACCUGCUGCACGUUUUAUUUGUCCUGGGGAGCUGGACUGACGGGGAUGUCCUUGUACUUCAGACUGAGCCUGUCCUCCUCACCUUGGUCAACUUUUCCACCGUAUCUCAAGCCAUAGUGAAGGUACUUUACAACUAUGGCAUUAACUUUAACCAGGUCUCAGUGUUCCUCUCUGAUGUAUAUAUGAAAGGCUUUCUCCGAUGUGCUCCAAGGAAUGCUGCCCAACACUGUUUGUGCGCGUUGCAGGUGAUAUCUGGCGCAUGCGGUUCCCUGAGGUGGACAGCCUGGUGUCCUCCUUCAAAAGAGUCUUCAAGCACUGUCCAGGGUGUAAAAUCUGCUACAGGGACUCCAUCGCCAGUCAGCGUGGGGACCAAUGUGCCAUUGUGUCCCUGCCACCGGACACUGUCCUCACCUGGUGGAACUCGUGUUUCAACCCGAUCCAUUACCAAGCCAAGCACAUGCAGUACUACUAGAGGUUCAUGAACGAGGAGCUGGACAUGGUGCCCAACACAGAGUGCCUAUUCAACCUCCAGGAUCUCUUAAGCACUCCGCCAGCUACAGCUUAUUCACAUCCAACCACUGUACCGAGCUACACCAUCCAGCAAACUCCUGGGGUGGAACAUCCUGUAACACCAUCUUAUGCUCCUGCAGCCCAGGCUGCCAGACCAUUUGCUACUCAUGUCUAUGGAGUGUACCAGACACAUUCAGGACCGGACUAUGGUUACAGAGCACCGCAACAAGAACCUACCCCCCAGCCUACCACAGCACCAAACUACCAGGAUAAUUACAAUUAUGGACGAUCUCCAUCUGCAAGUAGCUAUGGGAGCAAACAGUACUAUCAGCCACCUGCUCCCCAACCUCAGCACACUGUCACAGAUUCUUACUACCCAUCGAGUUCCAAAGGCAGCUAUGGUCAAUCUACUGUAUAUAAUCCAAGCCAGCCUGAGAGGCAGGUGACUGCAAUUAAGCCAGUUCAAGCAACAAGUUCCACACCUACAAGCUAUAAUACCUACCCAGCAGUGACAACGGUUCACCAGAAUACAUCUGCCUCCCCCAUUUCUUCAUACACUCCCUCCUCUUUAUAUACCUCCACUUCUGUACCUUAUUCUGGGUCAAAUUAUCCCAAUUAUGAUGCCACAACAUACACAGCAGCUACUACUUACUAUCAACCACCUCAGCAGGCCCAAGCCCAACAGCAGCCACCACCCUUGUCACAGCAACCAAAAACCACAAGCUCUUCUUCAUGGAGCAGCACAGGGAACAGCGCUAACAACAGUUCGAACAACAGCUUCAACAAGAAACCACUUUUUCAAAACAAGCAGCUGAAACCCAAAGGACCACCUAAACAACCUCAGCUUCACUACUGUGACAUUUGCAAGAUCAGUUGUGCUGGUCCCCAGACUUACCGGGAGCACUUAGAAGGACAAAAGCACAAAAAGAAAGAGGCAGCUCAGAAAUCAGGGAACCAGGUGAACACUGGCCCUCGUGGCAUGCAGACGCAGCUUCGAUGUGAGCUCUGUGAUGUGUCCUGUACAGGAGCAGAUGCAUAUGCAGCACAUAUCCGAGGAGCCAAGCAUCAAAAGGUUGUUAAGCUGCAUACUAAAUUGGGAAAGCCCAUCCCUUCAAUAGAGCCUAUAGUAGUGAACUCUGGUUCAGAUCCUACCAUCACCACAGCAAGUAACCCAGUUGCCCAUGCCCCUACAGCAGUAUCUGUUGCACCAACGAAGCCAACAGCUGUAGCAACUAACAGUGCAAGCAACACAGGCAAGCUAGUGGCAGUGAAGAAACUAGUCACAUCCAAGAUAACAUUUACAGGGACUAAUAAGAUUCAGGCAACAAGCAUCAAACUAGAGGAAUCGAAGGUGUUACAACCGAAAUCAGAGCUACCAAAUGAACAUGAUAGCUCUGGGGAUGGCUCUGGAGUAUUACUUGAUAUACAACCUGUUGGACAUGACUAUGUGGAAGAGGUACAAAAUGAUGAAGGCAAAAUGAUCCGGUUUCACUGCAAGCUCUGUGAAUGCAGUUUCAAUGAUCCUAAUGCAAAGGACAUGCAUUUAAAGGGGCGUAGACAUCGACUGCAAUACAAGAAGAAAGUGAAUCCAGAUCUUCCAGUUGAGAUCAAGCCUAGUAACAGAGCUCGGAAAAUGCAUGAGGAAAAGAUGAAGAAACAAAAACAGAAGGAUCUGAUAAAGAGACACAGAGAGGAAGAACAGCGUUGGCACAUGGAAAUGAGGCGGUAUGAAGAGGAAAUGUACUGGUGGCAAGUAGAGGAAGAGCAAUUAUACUGGGAAGAGCAACGGCGUCGGAUGGCUGUAGACUGGCAUCCACCCCCACUUAUGGGCAGGCCUGGCAUGGCUGUUCCACUUUUCUUGUCUACUAGAUGUCCAGAUUCUUCAAAUGACCGUCACAUCAUGACAAAGCACUCUAGCAUCUACCCAACAGAAGAAGAGCUGCAGGCCAUCCAGAAAGUAGUCUCCCAUUCUGAACGUGCACUUAAGCUCGUCUCUGAUUCAUUUACAGAGCAAGAAUCUGAAAAAGAGGAAGAAAAUGAAGAGAGAGGAAAAGCAGACGAUGUGCCCCGAAUUCUGAAAGGUGUAAUGCGAGUUGGCAUUCUGGCAAAAGGGCUUUUGCUUCGAGGAGACAGGAAUGUUCAUCUGAUCUUAUUGUCUGCCCAGAAACCUACGAUCUCUCUCUUACAGAAUAUCACAGAGCAGCUGCCCAAACAACUUUCAACAUUAACUGAGGACAAGUAUGAAGUUUCAUCUGAUGCUGCAGAAGCGACUAUAGUCAUCUCAUCAUGCAAGGAACCAAAAAUGCAGGUCACAAUUUCAGUUACAUCUCCCCUCAUGAGAGAAGACACUCCUGUUGACAAAGAAGAAGCAACAGAAUCUCAGCCUGAUCCCUGCGAUGUUUUGAGCCAGCAUAAAUGUCUAGAAUCGUUGGCUGCCCUCCGUCAUGCUAAAUGGUUCCAGGCUAGAGCUAAUGGUCUGCAGUCUUGUGUAAUUAUCAUCAGGAUUCUGAGAGACCUUUGCCAGCGUGUACCAACCUGGGGGGCACUACCAGACUGGGCAAUGGAACUUCUUGUAGAAAAGGUUUUAAGCAGUGCAUCAAGCCGUCUAAGACCUGGUGAUGCCAUGCGACGAGUUCUCGAAUGUGUAGCCACAGGAACACUCUUGAUGGAUGGACCUGGACUACAAGAUCCCUGUGAGAAAGACAAAAUGGAUGCUUUAGAGACAAUGACCAGUCAAGAACGAGAAGAUGUUACAGCCAGUGCACAGCAUGCUUUAAGAAUGCUAGCUUUCAGGCAGAUACACAAAGUACUUGGAAUGGACCCUUUGCCACCUCCUAAAAAUAGACUUAAUGAACGCAACAGAAAAAGGAGACGAGACGUCAGUGAGACGACAGAGGGCGAGGGCGACGGGAAGAAAGACAAAAAAGAGGAAGAUGACAGUGAUGCCUAACCACUGCUGUGGCAGUCAUCAGGACAAAGUUCACAUUGCUUUAAUUUUUAAUAUAGAAGCUGCUGUUUCGUCUGACAUUUGACAAUUGUACUAUUUUUUUCCUUGAAAUAAUGUAUUGUAGAUGUUUUAAAUGGUGCUUAAAUCAUUGCUGAAAUUGCAUCAUUCCACAGUGGUAAAGUUGCUCUGGCAACAGUUCUUCUAUUAUGUCCCUUCCUAGCCACCCCACUACAAAAGAAAGUACCCAUAGCAGAACAGGUGGACUAAGGCAGGCAUUUUUAUUUAAAUCUGACAUCUCUUGUAAGCUCAUAAAUGCCCCAUUACAUGUGAAGCAGGGGUGUCAAACUCAGCUGCUAUCCCAGGCUGGAUGCAGAUCCAGAAGCUCUGGCUCCCGCCAUGUGCCAGAGCCAGAGCUGUUACUGCUGUCAUGCCAUAGUGGCAGCUCCAGCUCUGCCUCCACCACAAGUCACACAGCAGGGUGCUGGCAGCUGGGGGAGGUAGAGCCAUGGCAGUGAUGACAGGCAACACAGCUGUGGUGGGGGCGACUGGAGCUCUGUCAGCCCUUGCUUGCUCUCCUGCCACUGAUCACCAGGCCCACUGAGGUCUAAGAGCCCCAGAUUCUGCAGCAGUCUGCUUCCCCAGCCUCCUACCAGGCAUGCCCCCAAACCUGCUGGUAGCCCAGCAGGCUAGACAGAGGAGGUCUGUGGGCUGGAUUUGGCCUGCAGGCUGCAUGUUUAACACCCUUGAUGUAAAGAAAAGCACAGGAUUAUUGUAUUAGUGUCUUUAAAGAUGCUUCCUUGUUCACUUUAGAUUUUCAGCCUCAAAUUGGAGUACAUUUCUAACCUGAUCUAGAGUGUCUGAAUGGACAAAAUUAUGGGGGUUGGGAGGGGCUCUUGCACUUUAUGAGCUCCCAUUUUGGAGCAGUACAGAGGUACAUAAGCCACUUUCUUAGCUAUUUUGGGGUGCGGAAAAAAAGCCAACUUAUAAGUGACAGUUGGAAGUGGAAAUGAACCUGCAGAAAUAGCAGAGUAUUAAAUAUUUAAUUGCCUUGGAUUUGCAGUUCUCCAUUAGACACGGUAUGCUUUAAAACAUCUCUGUAACAUGCUACCUAAAAAUUAAAAAAUAAUAGUUUCUCUUGUUUAGUACUGUGGUUAAAAACUUUGCAGUUUUCUUUAGAGAGUGUUAAAUAUCUUCCAGCAGAAAUGACAGCCUGACUAAGUGCCACAUUAAACCAUCAGAAGUGGUAACAGAAUCAGAGUGCUAACUUUCUAAUACAUGUUGUUUAAUAGUAUCACCUAACCACAGGGAGAUUCUCUGUGUCUCAAUGAGUGCCUUCUACAGAGAAGUGGCCAGGACUCUCGCAAUGAAAAGCUAUUCCGUAGUGUCUGAGGACCUUUCCUUUCCUUUCCUUUCCUUUCCUUUCCUUUCCUUUUCUACAGUUUUAACUCUUGUCAGUUUGUGCAGGCAGGAAUCUCUCAAAAAUAGAAAAUUCCCAGGCACUGAUGGACUUACUGUUGUAGUCUACCACUUCACAAAACCUGACGCUGAGCAAUUGAGGGUGUCUUUAAUUCCAUAGAGGGAAAUGGGGAUAAAGGAAUUGGUCUUGGCCUUUGGGUGGAAUUUUCUCACUCUUUAGAUGCCUAAAUGGCACUUAAUAGCUGUGUAAAUGGCAUUUUUGGCAUGUAUGCACAGUGUGCAGUUCUGUUACCAAUGUGUCUGCAUGGCUACCAAGAGUGCAUAGUAGUGUAUGCACUAGCCAGGCAGCAAACACACCCACAUCCUGGAAAAAGCAAGGCAUUAUUGUGUUAUAAUCUCAGUAGGUAAGGGGUUAAGGCAUUCUUGCAGGAAACAGGAUGAUGGGUUCUAGACCCUCCCAUCAUCUGUGUCCCUCUGAUGUCAUCACAUACUGCUUUAAAACACCACAUGCCUGAUUAGGCAUUUUCCAAGCUUUCCUCCAGCAGCACCCUCAGAUGCAUCCCGUCCAACCCCAUGGACAUGUACACGUUCAGUUUUUCUAAAUAGUCCCUAACCUGUUCUUUUGCCACUGAUGGCUACUUACCUCCUCCCCAAACUAUGCUGCCAGGUGCAGUAAUCUGGGAGCUGACAUUGCCUGUGAAGACUCAGGUGAAAAAAGAAUUGAGCACUUCAGCCUUUGCUGCAUCCCCUGUGACUAGGUGGCCUCCCCCAUUUUGUGAAGGACCCACACUUUCCCUGAUCCUUCUCUGAUCCUCCAUGUGGAUACUUAGGCAUCUAUACUGCAAGGGUAACAUAAUCAAAUUGUGCAUAAGUGCCAACAAUGUCAUUUACACAGUUGGUGAGUGCCCUAUAGGCACAUAAAGUGUAAUGAAUUUAGGCCUUGGUGUAUAACCAGCAAGCCCUGCUGGGAAAGCUGAGAGCCUAGAGCUGGACAGGCCAUACUAUUCGAACGAAGCUGUAUGUGGCAGGUUUCUCAGCUGGUUGCACAAUGCAUUUGAUAAGAAAGACCUUUCUUGAUAGUAUUGUGAUUUAUUGUCACUUAACACAGUUUGUUUGGUUAUUUUACCUUAUAAGUGUUUAAAGGACAGCCUGUAAUGUGGCUUUAACAUUUGAUUGUCUUUGUAGUGCUAUCCAGUUAAAAGGAGACAAUUUUAAACAAAUAAAGGAGUGCUAUGCUUCCAUUUUCUGUGUAAUGUGUAGUGUUUAAUCAAUGAAUGCUGCAAGAAGGUGCUCACUAGUCAGUUAGCUGAGAGCCUGGAUAGUGAUUGUCCCAAACAUCCAGCACCCCAAUUCCUUAGUCAAAUCCUCACUAAAACUUCCUGGUCUAACUCAUGGCACUUCACAGCAAGUCCCAUGAGGUAGACCAAGGGCAGUCAAUUAUUUUGGCUGGAGGGCCGCUUAACAAGUUUUGGUGAGUUGUCUAGGGCUACAACAGUGGCCCCACCACUUGCCAGGUCCCACGCCCCCUGGUUGCCAUCUUGGGACUGGAAUUCCCACUCUGUAACUCCUGACCUAAUCCACUGGAAGUCCCUAACCUUGCCCCCUUUUGGGAAGGGGGUUUGCCAUCUUGGAACCAGGAAAAAAAAGAUACACUAAAAAUCAAAUAUCCACAAUUACAUAUUUUAAUUUAAUUUAAUUUUUUUAAUUGUCCUGAUUUGUGUGUGCUUGCAUCUCAUGUAUAAAUAAGUGAUUGCAAAAUAGCUCAAAAUGAAGUCUUACUCUUGUAU